AUGAAGGUCUUGAUCGUUUUAGCCCAUCCCAGAGAGAACUCCUUGGUUCAUUCCAUCAAGAAAAAGUUUGAACAGGGCUUGGUUGACAGUGGCCAUCAAGUAACCACCUUGGAUUUAUUCAAGGUUGGCUUUGAUCCAGUGCUCCGUGAAGAAGAUGAACCUCAUUAUGACCGAGAAGAGCAAGUGUUUAGUGAACAAGUAAACACCGAAAUGGAGAGAAUCAAUCAACAUGAUGCCCUGGUCUUUGUCUUUCCUCUGUAUUGGUCCAACAUGCCUGCUAUUAUGAAGGGUUACCUUGAUCGCGUAUUUAAUCUUGGAUUCGCUUAUGCUCCCUGGGGUUCUACUACUAUGAAAGUAAAGAAGGUGUUCUUCAUGAUAACUACUGGCGCUAGCGAAGCACUUCUCAACAAGAGAGACCACAUUCCAUUCCUCAAGUACUACUUUAACGAGGUCGUAGCUGGAUACUGUAAGAUAGAAAACUCAAGGGUGAAGCUCUUUGACGAUGCCCACAAUACGGAUUUGGCCAUUAACAAUCACUUGCCUCGUGCUUAUCAAGAGGGUUUAGAGUUCGAUAAAUGGUAG